GACAGCUUCUAGCUGACGAAUAUGAUGAUUAAUCGAAUACUGAUGUGAUUGUAGCCACUUGCCUUAGCAUCCUGUAUGUCUGGCCGCGGGGUCGGGGACUAAAUGGUAGGUUAAGACAGGGUUCAAUUAGAUCGCACCGAGGAGCUAAUGUACGAUGCCUCUGUAAGUAAUGUCUCGGCUCGGCACGCCUGCUUCUGUGUUAUCAUGCCGAGGCCGAUGUUAAGUAAGGAACUUUGCGUUACUGUAACAGAUGCCCUCUUCAGCGCAUUGCUUUGUAAUCAACGCCGAAAACUCAAGAUGAUGCCAUCGUGGGGUCAAGCGUCUAGGACUAACUAUAUACCCCCGCCGGCGAAAGUUGAGCCGAGGCAACAAGAUAUUGCCCCGACCGUUUCAUCAUAUAUAAUGGAUGACCUCGAUGCCAGUGUCGUGGUAUUGAUGAGGAUUGCUAGCAUUGCGUAAGAAUAGUGGUUCUAAAACUUCCCGUCAACGUCAGAAUUCUACAAUUGAAGCAACCUUAUUUUCCCCUCUAAAGUUGAUUAUUAAGCUACCUGUCUGUUUGCACUCGGCGGCAUCAAACACAUAAUUGAAGCCGACUUGUUCUAGUUCAACGUCUAUAUUCUUGGAAAUCUUACCGGGACUUAAAUACAUAAAGAAGGAAAGAUGGCUACCAACAAGGCAAUUGUUCUCGUCGAGAAAGGCAAGGCGGAGAUCAGAGAACUGCCUCUACCAAAGCUCGAAGAAGGCCAUAUCCUCGUUAAGGUCCACGCCGUCGGCGUCAACCCCACGGAUUGGAAGAGCGUUCACGGCGCCGAGCCCAGCCGCUUCGGGUCCCGCCUCGGAUGCGAUUUCGCCGGCGAGGUCGUUGAGGUCGGGCCCGGUCUGACGAAAAAUAUCAAGAAGGGCGACAGGAGUGCUGGUUUCGUGUUUGGCGCGAGCGUGCAUGCGCCCGACAAUGGCGCCUUCGGCGAAUACGUGGCCGUCCAAGAGCACGCACAGCUCAAGCCUCCAUCCAGCGUCACAUACGAAGAGGCAGCGACCUUUGGCGUCUCAGUGACCACAGUAGGCCAAGGCCUCUACAAGACCCUCCAGCUCCCUCUCCCCAACAACCCCGUCGCCACGCCGUUCCCGGUCCUCAUCUACGGCGGGAGCACAGCGACAGGCAUCUACGGGAUCAAGUACGCCAAGCUCUCCGGUCUGACAGUAAUAGCGACGGCGUCGCCGCACAACUUCGACCACCUGAGGUCCCUCGGCGCAGACCACGUCUUCGACUACAAGUCGCCCACCGUCGGCGCCGACAUCCGGGCGCUGACGGGCAACAAGCUGAAGCACGCGUGGGACUGCACGGGGUUCGGGGCCUCGAUCUGCGCCGCCGCGCUCAGCGACAGCGAAGAAGGGGGCAGGCCGAAGUACGCGACCAUCAUCCCCGUCAAGCGGGAGAUAUUCGACGCGGAGAACCCCGUGGUCGACGGCCCGCAUUUCACGCUCGGGUACGACGUCUUCGGCGUCCCGUACCCCCGGCUGGGCAAGCAGUUCGUGCCGGACCCGAGCGAGGUCGAGUACGCGACCAUGUUCUGGCAGACCACGCAGGGGUUGCUGGAGAGCGGGAAGUUGAUACCCCUGAAGCCUGAGGUUAAUCGGCUUGGGAAGGGAUUGGAGGGUGUGCUGACGGGGUUAGAUGAGUUGAAGAAUGAUAGGGUUAGUGGGACGAAGUUGGUGUAUACUUUGUAAGGCGUUUCGUGAUGAUGGGUGAGUGCGCGCCUUGGUGUCUGGAUACAUUUGCCGAAUAAUUAUUUUCAUUGAUGAGAUAUAGAUAUACCUAGUAAGAUUCACCAUGGCACACAUCUUUACCUAGGUACCUGUACAGGUAAUUGUUGCAAGAUACUACACAUAGAAUUACAUCGUCCUGCCCAUCCCUAUUCAGAGCCUCAAUGGGAUGUAUAAGUCCCAACAUGUUAACACUCCAUAUUCCUAUCUUCCUUUUUUGCUUGCGCGACAGCCAUCCUUCGAAUCAAUCAUACACCCUCGCCUUAUCAUUCAAAGCCUGAUGAUGUCUCCUAUCCGGCGGAGAGUCGACUCUCUUCUGCUGGUGUAGUUGUCCGAACGCGGACUUGAACUCAUCCGGGUUCUUGUGCUCGGGGUGCACGUACUUAGGCUCGUCAGACUCGUGGGAGUCCCGAUCGCGCUUUCGUGCUGCUGGAUCGAGGUUUGGUCGGAUUGACGGGUUGGCUACGGGCUUGCCUGCUGCGGCUGGACGCGAGGGGAGCAUGAAGUACGUCAAGGCUGGGAUGCCGACGAUGGCGGCGAUCAUGCUGGCGGUGUGUUAGUGCGAGAAAUAGGCGAGGUGUGU